AUGACUGUGGGAAUAUUUAGUGCUGAAGUUAUAUUUGCUUUUAUUUUAACUACGGUGCUACUUAACCGUUAUGGCAAUUGGAAAACUCAAAAUAUUGUUGUUACAACUGCCGUGCUCAUUGCUUGGUAUUUUUCUCUUUUAAUCAUCUUCGUUCUUCCCAUUGAUAUAUCUUUGGCAGCUUAUCGUAAAUGUGUUCAAGAUGGGCAUAACCAUAACGAUAAUACUACAAAUUCUAGUCAUGAAUUAUCAGCCUGUAAUAAACCGUGGAGUUAUGUGCCAGAAUCUACUCUACCAAAGAUGUGGAGAGUUGUUUAUUGGACUUCCCAAUUUCUAACAUGGUUUAUUAUGCCAGUUAUGCAAUACUAUGUGAAGUCUGGAGAAUUUACAUUGAAGGACAAAUUAAAAAAUGCUAUUAAAAGCAAUACACUCUACUAUAGUACAUUAUUAUUAAUUGUUACAAUACUUAUAGUUUACAUUGCUCUUAAGCCAGGAGUGCAUUUAGAUUGGCAAAAAUUAAAAGCAAUCGCAUCAUCUGCUAGCAAUACAUGGGGAUUGUUUCUAUUAAUAUUGUUGCUAGGUAUUGCAUUAGUGGACAUUCCAAGAGAAUUAUGGCGGUCUAGUCAAAUUGAUUAUACACUGAGAAAAGUAUACUUCAAACUGUCGAAGCUCAAUACAGAAAAGUUAGAAUCCGAAGGAGCUUUAGAAGAUGUUCUUGAAUCAAUUAAAAGUGUUAGUAUCAGUAUGAGUCCAAAUGAUCCGUUGUAUGAUUGUUUUCAAAUAAUUUUGAAAAAAGUUCCCGAGGAUCAACGAGAUUUUUUGAAAAAUGUGCGGUCUAAUUCAAGGAAUCAUACAACACCUUCGAUUGGCAUGCUAACUCGACUUCAUAAACAAGUAAUACAAGAAUGA